AUGUAUCGUAAUCAAUAUGAUAGUGAUAUUACUACCUUUUCACCAAGUGGUAGAAUUCAUCAAAUAGAGUAUGCAAUGGAAGCAGUAAAACAAGGUGGUGCAGCAGUUGCAUUAAAAUCCAAACAAUUUGCAGUUUUAGUAUCAUUAAAGAGAUCAUCAUCCGAAUUAGGUUCAUAUCAAAAGAAGAUUUUUGUAGUUGAUGAUCAUGUUGGUAUUGCAAUUUCAGGUUUAACUGCUGAUGCUCGUAUGUUAUGUAAUUAUAUGAGAAAUGAAUGUUCAAAUUAUAACUAUGUUUAUGAAUCCCAAAUGAGAGUAGAACGUUUAGUUACAAAAGUUGCUGACAAACAUCAAGUACAUACUCAAAGAUAUGGUAGAAGACCAUAUGGUGUUGGUUUAUUAGUAGCUGGUUAUGAUCAAUUAGGAGCACAUAUCUAUCAAACAUGUCCAUCUGGUAAUUUUUAUGAUUAUAAAUCAAUUUCAAUUGGAUCAAGAUCACAAUCUGCUAAAACUUAUCUUGAAAAACAUUUUGAAUCAUUUGAAGAAUGUACAUUAGAACAAUUAAUUACUCAUGGUUUACGUGCACUUAGAGAAACUAUACCAAAUACUGACGAUACCUUAAAUUCUAAAAAUGUUUCAAUUGGUAUCGUUGGUGAAGGUCAACCAUUCAAAAUCAUUGAAGAAGCUGAUGCUCAACCAUAUCUUAAUUUACUUGAAAAUGAAGAGCCAGUUGAAAUGCAAACAAAUUAA